AUAUUAUUUAGGAAAUCCCCGGAAGACACAAUAGAAGACUUCGAAUUGCAAACAAUCACGUUCGGCAUAAAUUGUGCGCCGUAUCUAGCGAUCCGUACCCUCAUGAAGCUAGCCGAUGAUGUUGAAGAAACCCACCCAUUAGCAGCCAAAAUACUUCGCCAGGAAAUGUAUGUAGACGAUGUUUUAGCUGGAACUCAUGACCUGACCACGGCAAAGUCAGCACGAGAUGAACUCAUUUCCGCUCUGAAGACCCCAGGAUUCGCUCUGCGAAAAUGGACCUCCAAUGACCCACACAUUCUGAAGGGACUUCCACAGGAUCAUCUUUUAGAAACGGAAACACUAAACCUUUCGGAACCCGAGAACACCAAAACCCUGGGCAUUCGAUGGAACUCUAAAAAGGAUUCAUUUUUCUUCCUCGUCAACCCAAUGGAGAAAAAACCCGCACACACCAAACGUGAAGUUUUAUCAGCCAUAGCAAAAUUGUUUGACCCAGCCGGUUGGCUUAGUCCAAUAAUAAUCACGGCAAAAAUAAUUAUGCAACAAAUAUGGCUAGAUAAAACUGACUGGGAUGAAAGCCUGAAGCCCCUCACCCUUCAUCGAUGGAACAGCUUCGUAAAGGAUUACGACAACAUAAACAAAAUUGAAAUACCCAGGUGGACCCAUUUUAACCCAACAACCACCAUUGAAUUCCACGGUUUCUCUGAUGCUUCAGAAAAAGCAUAUGCCGCGACACUUUAUAUAAGGGUUUCAGUUGGAGACAAAAUAUGGACAACUCUCUUAGUCUCAAAAACAAGAGUUGCUCCCAUUAAAACCGUAUCCCUACCCAGAUUGGAACUCUGCGGAGCAGUUCUAUUAGCUAACCUUGUUAACUCUACCCUAUCCCAACUACACUUAACCCAAUAUAAAAGUUGUUUUUGGACUGACUCAACCAUAGUUCUUGCUUGGUUAAACAAACCACCCUGUUCAUGGACCACUUUCGUUUCUCAUCGAGUAGCUGCAAUCACCGAGAAAGUAGGAGUCGAAAAUUGGAACCAUGUGGAAAGCCAAGACAAUCCCGCAGACUUAGCAAGCCGAGGAUGUACACCCACCGAUCUAUUUAAUUGCAACCUCUGGUGGCAUGGACCCCAAUGGCUACAACAUGAAAAGGAGCAUUUUCCAGCAUCGGAGAAAACAUACAACACUACCGUGGAAUUCAAACCCGUUAAGACGUUUGCGAUAACCACCCAAGAGGAUAUACUCGAAAGGUUUUCCUCAUUCCCCAGGGCUAUUCGCGUUAUCGCUUACCUAUUCAGGUUUUGCGCAAAUGCCUCACCAAGGAGGCGAGAAAUUGGUUACUCAAACCACGAAAUAACCCCGGAGGAGUUCAAAACAACCCGAAUGAAGUUAAUUAUUCACACUCAAAAAACACAUUUCCGAGAAGAAUAUGAUGCAUUGACCCGUAAAACCCAAAUACAUAAGAAAAGUUCAUUAUUGACUUUAAAUCCAUUCAUUGACCCUAAAGGAGUUAUGCGAAGUGACGGAAGAUUAACCAAUUCCGCAGCGCUAUCAUAUAAUGAGCGCCACCCGAUCUUAUUACCCUAUAAUAGUCGUUUAACAAAAUUACUAACUCAAUUUACCCAUUUAGCAACGUUACACGGCGGAAAUCAGCUAGUUCUCCGACUCCUAAGGACAGAAUUCUGGAUACCCAAAGCAAAGAUGCUGAUUAAAACAAUAAUUCAUCAAUGCAAAACGUGCAUCAUACACAACAAGGCUCAACAAACCCAAAUAAUGGCAGCUCUUCCAAAUGAACGAACCAUCCUAACCCGGCCGUUUGCUGCCACUGGUAUCGACUUUGCUGGACCUUACGACAUCAAAAACUACACUGGGAGAGCAUGUCUAAUCACCAAAGGAUAUAUAUGUGUAUUUGUAUGCUUUUCAACUAAAGCAAUACAUCUGGAACCCGUUAGCGAUCUCACUACGCAAGCCUUCCUAGCAGCAUUCUCCCGUUUCUUCUCGAGGCUACCCUCUUAACCCGCAUUGAAAGUUGUUUAAACUCUCGGCCAAUAAGCCCCAUAAGCGACGACUCAUCAAAUUUGGAACCUCUAACUCCAGGACACUUC